AUGCAGGCAAGCCUGUUCGAAAAGGAGUGGGCGUACCUCCGGCCGAUUCGAAGGAAUGGACGUAUCACCCUGCCAAAGUGUUCGUGCCAGGCAGGAGCUUUGUGUCGACCAUGCGGCGUUUCUGUUGCGGCUGAGGUAAGUUUGGUAAUCAAUCUACCCGACUGUUGGACUCUCUUCCGGUUGGAUGGAGGCAACCACCAUGCCAAUCUUGGCAUGCAGGACUCGGAUUACAGGCCCACAAGGCGGCUGGGUGGCGCCGGACCCCAAACCGGUCGCGUGUUAAAUUUGCAAACGGAUGAAGCGGAAUCGUCGGUGCCGCCCGAUUGCGGGCUUUUGACUACAGCACUCCGAGAUGUGUUGAGAACAUCAAGGCCGACGUCCGCACCUUCGUGUUUGCACGUCGUGAAGAAGGGGUUGACCGCAGAGUACAAGAAAGCCCGUGGCGCGCACGAGGAUGCAGCACACGGUGGACAGUUCAGUGGCACUUCCCAGCAGGCAACUGCGAAGCGUCCCGGUACCGCGCAGCCGGCGUGCUUUGGCGAGGUCCUGGUGCAACAAAACAGCUUCGUCGACCGCCAGAUCUGCUAUCAUAUGAACAAGGUCCGGAAUCAGAUGUCGGACAUUAUGUGA